GAGCAAUAUUUUUGUAGCAUCAGCAAGAGACUCCCAGGCGGGUUCAGGCUGGUCUGCGACGCUCUGUGCUGUUUAUUUCUCCAGGGGUCUCUUUUGAAGUUGUUCCCGACAUGCCCACCACGGCCGUACCCAUACGUCAGCAGAAGCAGAAGAUACACGCUAAGAGUCUUCAGCAUGAGUAUUUAAGCUCUAAGAAGGUGGUUGAGCAUCACCACCACUCUCACUCCCACUCCCACUCCCACGCCGUCAGGAAAUCAAGCUCUCAAUCCGUGAAAAAGGAGCAGGCCGAAGCCAAGACGGCUAUGGCGGAACCAGCCUAUACGGUGCCAGCAUUCAAGGAGAGGAGUGCUGAUGACUUACCGGAGUAUGCACGUGUUGCACUGCGUUGUGGGAAGGAACUAGCAGAGCUGCAGAAGGAACUGACCAGAAUGAAGACUGUCACUCACACUCAAGUCAGCAAUAUUGCCCUCACAAGAGAGGUCCAGGAGAUGAUGUCUGUGAAGAGGAAGAUCCCCGUGCCGGCCGACAAGGCUCCAGAGUUCCUGGUGGCCCUCAGGGGACACACCCUGUGGGAGAAGAUGUCCGUCAAGCUCUUCUGCACCGUGGCAGGCACUCCCACCCCUAUUGUCCAAUGGUAUAAGGGGGACAAGCCCAUUGACCCCCUCAGUGUUCCAGGAAAGUACAAGAUUGAGAGCAAGUAUGGAGUGCACAGCUUGAUCAUUAGCAGGUGCAUGUUGUCUGAUACUGCCCAGUACAGUGCCGUGGCAACCAACCACCAUGGCAAGGCAAGCAGCAAGGCCACCGUCGCUGUCAAGAGCCCACCAGGAGCUGGAGAGCUGGCCCACCUGCCUGGCUCAGCCCCCAUUACCCCCACCCAUGCCAGCAAGCUGGACGUCACUCUGCUGGAUGCCUUUGGCGUGACCUUUGGCACCGAGGGCGGCUCAGCCAAGCUCGUUGCCAACCUGGUCGUCGUGCCAGACCUUCCCAAUCUUCCCCCCGAGGUCUUGUGGUUCAGGGAUGACCGCCUGCUGGCUCCCUCCAAGUGGGCGGAGAUAGCUGUGGGAGGGGGCGUGGCCUCUCUCACCUUCCCCCACCUCAACAAGGAUGACGAGGGCCUGUACACCGUGCGCAUCUGGUGCAAGUCUGGCACCGUCGAGCACAGCGCUUACCUCUUUGUGAAAGAUGCCGCUCCCGCUGUGGCAGGUGCACCUGGCGCUCCCAUGGACGUCAAGGCCUCCGACGCCAGCGGCGCUUUCGUCAUGGUGACCUGGAAGCCCCCCAACAUCACCACCGAGGCAGCCAUCACGGGAUACUUUGUGGAUAGGCGUGAAGUUGGCCACACCACCUGGAUCCAAUGUAACGACGCCCCCGUGGCGGUCUGCAAGUUGCCCGUGGAGGGCCUGCCGGUUGGCCACUCCUACCACUUCCGCGUGAGGGCCGUGAACAGCGCCGGCAUCAGCGCCCCCUCCAGGAGGUCUGACGGAGUGUCCGCCCUCCACACGGCCGCAGGCGAGAUUGAAGUGAUUAAAAUCGAUGGAAAAUAUGACAUUGAGAUUCACCGAGAAGACCUUGAAGGUGUGUAUGUCACUUUGCCAGGGCAACCUACUGAGGUGCAUGCCUCAGAGAUAAACAAAAGCUAUGUGGUUCUCAGUUGGACGCCUCCUUCCCCCUGCGGCAAGGCUUCUCUCUGGUACCUCAUUGAGAAGUCGGUGGGGGACACCGGCAAGUGGCAGAGGGUGAACACAGCCACAGUGAAGCUGUGGUCCCCUCGCCACGCCGUGUUCGAUCUCGAGGACAAGAAAGAGUACCGCUUCCGGGUCACCGCCGUCAACCAUUACGGCUCCGGGGACCCGUCCGAGCCGUCCGCGCUCAUCAAAAAGACGGACCCGCAUGGUAAGAGAAGGCGUACUGGUGUCCCUUCUGCACCUGGCCAGGUGGUGGCCACCAGGAACAGCAAGAGCUCCUGCUUCGUGCAGUGGGACCCCCCCAAGCACCCCAACGGCCUGAUGGGCUACUACAUCGACGCCUGCCAGGUGGGCACCAAGGCGUGGGUGCCCUGCAACCACAGGCCUUACAAGCACCCCAGGUUUGUGGUCCAUGGUCUGACUCAGGGAGAGAGCUACACCUUCCGUGUGCAGGCCGUCAACGCCUAUGGGCUCAGUGAGGAGUCCCAGGAGUCCGAUGCCCUCUUCAUUGAUGCCGCUCUGACCGCCCCCUCUGCCCCUCGUGACAUCGUCAUGGUUGCGUGUGACGGCGCCUCCAUGACGCUGGCCUGGAAGAAGCCCAAGAACUGCGGCGGCACCAAGAUCAAAUCCUACUACGUGGACAUGCGCGAGGCCUCCCACAUCAACUGGCACGAGGUCAACACCGGCGGCAUCAAGGAGAGACUCCUCAAGGUAGAGAACCUGACUGCUGGAGUGGCCUAUGAGUUUAAGAUCCAGGCUGGAAACCUGGCUGGUGUCGGACCUGCAUCUGAGGCCAGCAAGGCCCUACUCUGUGAGGCCUGGACCGGAGCAGAGCCAGGCCCAGCUCAUGACAUCAGCUUCGCCGAGGUGCGUGACACCUCCCUGAUGGUGCGUUGGGCGGCCCCCGUCUACACGGGCGCCGGCCCCGUUACCGGAUACCUGGUGGAGAUGGCCAAGAAGGGCUCCUCCGACUUUGUCGCCGUGACCGAGGAAGCCACCGCCCAUCGCUACUUCAAGGUGAGGGGUCUGGAGGCUGGAGCAGCGUAUGUGUUCAAAGUGAAAGCCGUGAAUGAGGCCGGUGUCGGCAAAGCCUCUGCUGCCUCUGACUCGGUGGUGGCUAAGGCCUUGCCAGGCACCAAGGAGAUUAUGUGUGGAGUGGAUGAGGAGAGCGGAGACAUCUUCAUGUCUUUCGAAGCAUGUGAGAUUGCAGAGACGUCGUCAUUCGUCUGGACUAAAGGAUACAAAGAAAUUGCUGCUGGAAGGACCACUGUUACUACUGAGGGAAGAAGCUCCAAACUGACCCUCACCUCGCCCGAGGCUGCUGACCUGGGUCGCUAUGCGGUGGCCGUGACCGACACAGACGGUGUCUCUGCCAGCCACAAGAUCACUGAGGAAGACUUGAAGAAAAUGCUUGAGCUCAGCUACAAUAUCAGACACCCAAUUGUUCCUCUGAAGGCGGUAUUGAACUACGAGGUCCUUGAGAAGGGUCACGUGCGCUUCUGGGUCCAGGCCAAGAAGUUGUCCUCAGCCGUGACCUACAAGUUCAUCUUUAACAACAAGGAAGUGACCGCUGCCGAGGGCACCAAGUUGAGUCACGAUGCGGCCACUGGCAUCAUCCAGAUGACCAUCGAGCACUUCACCAAGCACAACGAGGGAACAUACACCGUCCAGAUCACCGACGGCAAGGCCAAGAACCAGAGCUCCCUGGUCUUGGUGGGAGAUGUCUUCAAGGCAGCGCUGAAGGAGGCUGAUUUCCAGAGGAGCGAGUUCAUCAGGAAAGGAGGUCCACAUUUCUCCGAGUACCUUUCCUUCUUCGUGGAUGAUGAUUGCACCGUCAAUCUGACCUGCAAGGUUGCCAAUGUCAAGAAAGAGACCGUCUUCCACUGGUUCAAGGAUGGCGAGGAGAUUGUCCCUGAGACUGCAGCCAACCCCAUGUCUGGAGUCUGCACACUCCCUCUUCCAAUGUUCUCCAGGAAAGACCAUGGUGUCUUCAAGGCCACCUUGAGCGAUGACAAAGGAAAGGACUCAUCCACUCUCGAUGUCUCUGGCGCAGUAUUCGAAGACAUCAUCAAUGCUCUUGCUAAAGUGGCUGGCUCCUCCGCCAGUGAGCUGGUGCUGCAGUGCACCCCCGAGGGCAUCCGCCUGCAGUGCUACAUGAAGUACUACACCGAGGAGAUGAAGACCAGCUGGUGCCACCGGGAGAACAAGGUUGCGUCCUCUGAGAAGAUGAGGAUCGGCGGCACGGCCGAGAUGGCCUGGAUGCAGAUCUGUGAGCCCAACGAAAAGGAGAAGGGCCAGUACAGCAUCGAGAUCAACGACGGUACCACCGCCCACACUCGCAGCUUCGACCUGUCCGGACAAGCAUUUGCAGAUGCAUACGCAGAAUUCCAGAGGCUGAAGGCUGCUGCCUUCGCUGAGAAAAAUCGUGGUAGAGUGGUUGGUGGCCUCCCAGAUGUAGUCACCAUCAUGGAGAAGAAGUCUCUGAGCCUGACCUGCACAGUCUGGGGAGACCCCACCCCCGAGGUCACCUGGUUCAAGAACGAGACGGAGGUCGCGUCCACCGAACACUGCAAGGUGACCUUCGACAGCGGCAAGUACGCCAGCCUGAACAUCAACCAAGUGACCGCCGACGACUCCGGCAAGUACAGCAUCAACGUGCGGAACAAGUACGGCGGCGAGUUCGUGGAGAUCACCGUGAGCGUCUACAAGCAGGGCGAGGACCCGCCCGAGGCCAAGCUGGGCCACGCCCCCGCGUCCAAGCCGGCCACGCCUGCCCCGCCGCCAUCCAAGCCAGCCACGCCUGCCCCGCCGCCCAAGACCCCCACCCCCACCCCCACGCGCAUGAAGUCUCCCUCCCCGGCCCCUCCUUCCCCCCCUUCCCCAUCCCCAUCCCCUCCCUCCGUCAAGUCCCAAUCCCCUGCCCCUCCCUCCGUCAAGUCACCUUCCCCUGCUCCAUCCCUCAAGUCCCCCUCCCCAGCACCCCCAAAAUCGCCCACCCCACCCAGGAGCGCCAAGUCCCCAACACCCACCAGGUCCCUGAGGUCCCCUACUCCUCCCAGGAAGUAAACAUUAAUAAUACACAACAUGUGGCUUUUAGUGGGAGGUUUUGUUGUGGAAGCUCCGUGUGGAUAAACAGAGGUGUCGGUUGAUUUAUUGACCUAGUGGCUCUCGUUUGUAGUAGUGUGGGGUGAGAGAAGAGAAGAAAAAAAAUAAUAAUGAAGGUUGAUGUCUUUCAUCAUAGUUACUUACGCCACUAUCUACAUACGCUAACUACUUUGCUAAGAUGGCAGUAGAGUGAUGUAAGAGAAAUGGUGUGGUGAUGGCGGUGGCUGAGGAGAGAAAGUGAAAAGAGAGUGAGAAAGAGGAAGACAGCCAGACAUAACAUACAACACCUGCUUGGGUCGCUAUCUACUAGCCCCCGUCCUAGCCACCAGCACUUUUGUGGAAAACCGGCCGCUGUUAGAUUUGAAGUUUGCUUUUUUUUUCGUUCUCUUAUGUUGUUACUGUGCAAUAAAGAAAUGGAUGGGAAAGAAUCACUACUUGGGUUUUCCUUCAGAGAAAACAGAUAUGAGCACAAUUUGUGUGUGUGUGUGUGUGUGUUGUGUUACAGUCACCUGUUGACAUCUGUACUUUUGUGUCUUUGUGCAAUGUUAAGUGUAACACGCAAGGCUUUUUGUUUGCAAUAAACAUCAGUAAUCACCUUC